AACGAUUUGGGAUUCUCUUGAAAUCUUCAUCUCAUAGCUUGCUAUUAUCAUUAUUAUUCCUAGUCUACCCUCUCCUACUUUCUCUUUUCCUCUCUAAUUCAUUUUCUAGUUUCUUCUUCAUCUCUCUUUUCCUCUUUAAGUAUAACCCUAAGUACAGCUUCUCUCUUUUAAUACUAAUUUUAGUUUUUGUUUUUAUUUAUGGCUGACUCAUCAUCAUCAUCAUCUUCUUCUUCUUCUUCGUAUAUUCACAUGGUGCACCGUCUUAUAGAAGAGUGUUUGGUAUUUAAGAUGAGCAAAGAAGAGUGCAUGGAAGCUUUGUCAAAGCAUGCAAAUAUAAAACCAGUUAUUACUUCAACAGUUUGGAUUGAGUUGGAGAAAGAGAACAAGGAGUUCUUUGAGGCAUACACAAGGGGAAGCCAUGAGAGAGCCACUGAAAUAGAGAAAAGACAAAGGAUUCAGAGGAGUCUCCAUGCUUACAUCAGGGACAACAAUGGCCACGAUCAACUCCACCACUAAAUAUCAUCAUAUUGUUCCAAACUAUUUGUUCUUCCUUGCACAUAGUUAUAAUUAUUCUGAAAUAAAACCUUUUUCCUUUUUGGUGUUGAAAGUGUAUUGUAAAAGUAGGCAUGAAAGUUGAGGCAAUAUCCCUUGCAUGAUACCAUGGUUGAGUGUAAGGUUACCUUGCUAUAUUCCUCAGCAAUAAACUCACUAAACAAUUUUAAUUGCUUCAA